UUAAUUCUGUUAGCUAUGUGUGGACGACGACUGCUGUUCUUGGCGGCCUUUGGCUGCCUUUUGGCCACCGCGUUUUCGCUUCCGGCGACCAGGAAUGAGGAGUUCGACGACGGUGUUCCCGAGUCCGAGUUCGACUACGAGGAGAGGCACACUAGGGAAAUUCCGGCGCAGGCCUAUGCCCCACCGGUCGUUUACAAUUCGCAGUCCAGCUACUCGCCGGCAAAGGAUCAAGGAUAUCCGGCUCCUGCCGCCCCGGUUUAUUCGCCUGCCGCCCCAUCGUAUUCAGCGCCCGCAUCCUCCAGCUAUUCAGCGCCUGCUGCCCCGUCGUAUUCGGCACCCGCAGCACCCAGCUAUUCAGCGCCAGCAGCACCCAGCUAUUCAGCACCUGCAUCCUCCAGCUAUUCAGCGCCGGCUGCCCCAUCGUAUUCAGCACCCGCAGCACCCAGCUACUCAGCCCCUGCCGCUCCAUCGUAUUCUGCACCUGCAGCACCCAGCUAUUCAGCACCUGCAGCUCAAAGCUAUUCAGCACCAGCAGCACCCAGCUAUUCAGCGCCUGCUGCUCCGUAUUCAGCACCCGCAGCACCCAGUUACUCAGCACCUGCAGCACCCAGCUACUCUGCGCCUGCUGCCCCAUCGUAUUCAGCGCAAAAGACAUCCUCGUACUCGGCUCCUGCCGCCCCAAGCUACCCCGCUCCGGCAGCUCCAGCAUCGUCGUAUUCAGCUCCGGCUGGUCCUUCAUAUUCGGCUCCUGCUGCACCCUCAUAUUCAGCUCCAUCUUACUCAGCGCCCGCCUCAAGUUAUUCGGCACCCAAGGCUUCAGCUUAUUCAGCUCCAGCCGCUCCAUCUUACUCCGCACCUGCAGCUCCUUUAUAUUCCUCUUCUGCUUCUCCUUCAUAUUCAUCGCCUGCAUCGUCAUCGUAUUCAGCGCCAGCUGCUCCGACUUAUUCAGUCCCUAAGGCUCAGUCGUACUCCGCUCCAGCCGCUCCAUCUUACUCAGCUCCUGCCGCUCCAUCUUAUUCAGCUCCUGCAUCUUCAUCUUAUUCGGCACCUGCUGCUCCAUCUUAUUCAGCUCCUGCAUCCCAAUCUUAUUCAGCUCCUGCCGCUCCAUCGUAUUCAGCACCUGCAUCAUCUGGAUAUUCAGCAGCGCGAGCGUAUUCAGCAGGCUCUGCAGCACCAGCUUCUGGCUAUUCAGCACCAAAGGCUUCUUCCGGUUACUCAGCACCAAAGGCCUCUUCCGGUUACUCAGCGCAUGCAUCGUCUGGAUCACCAGCUGCUUCAUCGUACUCAGCUCCUGCAUCCUCGUCCGCAUCCUCUGGCUAUUCAGCGCCCGCGUCGAAGUCCUCGGGUUACGCUCGCUCCGAAAUGGAUCAUCAGAUCCUUGGUAUGGCGAGGACCGCUGGCGGCUACGGAUCAGCCGCACCUUCUCCAGCUUAUGGUGGAGCCUCCCUUCCCUCACCGCCGUGUCCCAAAAGCUAUGUGUUCAGCUGCUCGAGCGUUUUUACUCCAGCGCCGUGCAGUCAGGGAUAUGGUUACUGAAUGCAAAUCCAAAGCUCCUGGCCAAACUGACUUGAAAACGAGAUUAAUAAAAUGCGAAUUAUGUGUGAAA